CAUUUCGAUGUCAAGCGCUACGUAUUUCUUUGAAAAAAAGUCAAUUAUUCAUCGUUUUUGAUUAAUUCUUCACUUUUCCAAUACGAUUACACUUUAUCUGACACGAGUGCGUUACAUUAAACAGUGCAAAAAUACUCCGAGCCCCAGAAAUUCCGCGAGAAACAUGUGACACGAAUACGAAAAAGGGCUUCCAGACCGUCAAUGUGACAGAAAUGUUUUCUGCCAUCACGACGAGCCACCGCCACCUCGGAGCCUCCACGACCGCGACGCGUGCUCAACGAGAAGCGAUAUAGGGUAAGAUCGUUAAAAAUGAGCGCGAGAUGGCCAGUCCGCCACCGAACCCUAGAGAAGGCGAGGAGGGCGGCUCCGACUUCGCGGAGGAGUCGGCCGGGGAACGCGCGCCCGCCCCGCAGAAGACGUUCAUAGCGCCGCCCGCGUCGCAGCUGCCCAGCAAGCUGCAGUACGUGGCGCUGGGUGCGCCGGGGCCCAGCGGCGGCAUCAAGCAGUGCUUCCGCACGGUCAAGGCGGCGCGCCGCGUGCCCACGCUGCCGCGCCGGCCCAAGGAGGGCGAGGGCUCGGACCCCGCGCCCGCCGAGCCCGAGCGCCGCGUGCGCCGCGACCGCGGCAAGCGGCACGUCUGCACCACCUGCGACAAACGCUUCUCCAGCCCCGGGAAACUUAGUCAGCAUGUACUGUCCCACACCGGCGAGCUACCCUUCUCCUGCGAGCUCUGUGAUAAGCGAUUCAACUCAAAAUUCAAACUCGUUCGCCAUAACUUGAUACACAGCGAGGCUCGAGCCUUCACCUGCAAUGUCUGUGGUAAAAGUUUCAAUCGGAAAGAUCAUCUCACCAACCAUGUUAGAGUCCAUAAUCCAGUUAAAAAGCUUUACACCUGUGAGAGACCCGGCUGCAGAAAAUCUUACACAUCAUUAUUGAGUUACCGUAAACAUGCUGCAUUACAUUCUGCCGAGGAAGGAAAUUUACAAUGUAAGAUUUGCGAUGAGACUUUUACCAACCGCCAAGACAUUGUCUACCACCUCAAAGUUCAUACAGGAAGUCGCACUGUUAAAAAUGAGACUGACAAGAAAUUUACUUGCAAUUUUUGCGAUCGAAGAUUCUUCACCGCUAAAGAUGUAAGGAGGCAUCUAGUUGUACAUACGGGUAGACGUGAUUUUUUAUGUCCUUACUGCCCACAGAAAUUUGGACGUAAAGAUCACUUGGUCAGGCAUGUCAAGAAUGCUCAUCCAGAUGAGUCGUGGCGAUCAGCGGCAGUGGGUACCUCAAGGGAACCAGUACCAGAAGCAACGUCAUUUGAGGAAACAUAUACCGAAUUUAAUACAGAUUACGCCAUAUGGACAUCCCCCCCAGUCGUCAAUCCCACAUCGCCAUCAGAGAGUACGUCUGAGGGUCCCACGAGAGUGCCUUCGUCUGAUAUAAUUGUAGAAAUGCCAGCAGACCUCGAUAUAAAAAUAGAACCGUUAGAUAUAGAACUGGAAGACCCGUUAGAUAUAAAGAUGGAGCAGCCCGAAUCACCGCGAUGUGAACUCGUGCCUGUGGAUUACCCCGUGGUGUAUAUGGACUUGCCGUAUCUGAGUACGGAGCCGCUGACGGACGCGCAGUUGCUGCAUCCGGGGAGUCAUCACGUGGAGUCCCUGUUGAUGGAUCCGGGGGAGGGGCCUUCAGGGUUGUCGAGUCAGAUGCUGCGCGGUUUGUUAGAGGAGAGCGAGCCUGCGUACGCGGGGGACGAAACGCGGCAGCAGCAGCGGCUGCCGGCGUUCACGCAGGCCUUCCAAACGGCGCAGAGCACGAAGCCGCCGCCACCGCCCCCUCCGCCGCACUAGCCUCGUUCCCCGAGCUUCCUGCAUUUAGCUUAUGUGAAUACCGAGCUACCUCACUAGGUAAGAUUGGUCUAAGCUGUAAAUAGUCUGGAGUGAACUAGUAUUCGAUUGUAAUGUUGGACUUGAUGACUUUGUCAUAUGUGAGGGGCGCACGCCCAGGGUUUAAAUUGCCAAAUUGUAUAUUUGUACGUUUCAGGUAUACCAAAAUGUUUCCGAAUUCUACAUGAAUUGUGAUCUAGUCGUGUAUGUACUUUCGGAAUUGUAUAUUGUUUAUUUAUAGCGUACACGUAUGACGUUUAUGGAGUUUAAAGGGACCAACAGUGCUUAGUUCAUGAUUGGACCACUCAGAUUUUGACUCGUGCGUGGGUUGAGUAGAGUGAGCAGAAUGGUAGAUAGUAUGCUCUUGAAAGCAGCCGACUGUACAAUAUGUUUUAGAGAAGCCGGUUGCUUUUGACGCGAAUGAUAAUACAACGGAGCAUACUCUUGUCUAACAGUAAAGUGAAUAAUUCUGCUAGAUAUAACAUCAGAUCUGUCUGUUCAGAGUCUGAAGCUAGAUUGAAAUAGCUAAGUUGUAAGUGUUCUGAUCAGAGUUAGACUAUUGAACAUAGUAAUCUAGUUUUCGAUGGCGUUCUAUUUUUCAGAAUGUUAUUGAAGUCAUAAACUCAACAGAUGAGCUAGCAAUCAGAUGCAAUAAAGCGAAACAAUAUACCUCAGAGGCACCUGUGUCUCCUUAGAAUAGUAAGACAGUUACACUUAUUGGAUCCGUUUCUGAUGGGCAAGUGGGCAGGUUGCUUGAUAGCUGUUACGCCGUGUUUGCGUUGAAGAGGAGCCGAGUAGAACAACGAAAAGAGGUGACGGAGAGACGAGUGAAAUAAGGCGACAAACUUUAUUUAAGCUGGGGGACAAACUGCAACAAAACAGCACCUGUCGC